AUGGCAUCGUACAGCAUUCGGGUGCAGCAGCUGUCUGGUAAGCUCAUCGGUGAAGUGGAGCUGCCUGAAACAGCCCGCGUUGCAAGCAUCCUGGAAGCUGUUCGCCCUGAGGAGCCCGAGCUUCUUGUGAGGAGGGUUUUGGUCUUCAGCGGACGAUCUUUGGCAGAGACUGAAGUUCUGGGCCAGAUAGGGCCGAAAGCUCCUGCAGUCCUGGAUCUUCAUGAGAUAACACAGCCCCUUCGGACAGAGCGAGUGGCUUCGUUACCCGAGAAGUGCCGCACCAUUCAUUUAGGGCUCUUUGGGGAGUGCCGGUCUGGCAAGACGAGUCUGCUCCACAGGUACGCCCACAACACCUUCAACGAGCGCAUGAUGCCCAGCACGAUGGGGAUUGACUUCCAGGUUGCCAGGGUCAUGGCCCACGAUGAACCUGUAAAGGUCAUGCUCUGGGAUCAGCCAGCUGGUAAGGAGCGAUUUCGAACACACACAUCCAUUUACUUCCGAAGAAAGCAGGCCAUUCUGCUGGUUCUGGACUUGACAUACCCACAAUCCUUCCGUGACAUCAGCGAAUGGCUCCGUUUCCGGGAGGCAGAGGUGAUUCCAACGAAGCUCUUGAUCGGGAACAAGGCUGACCUCGUAGAGGAACGAAGAAUUUCCAGAGAGGAAGCCGAGAUAUACGCCAAAGAGCACGACCUCGUGUACUUCGAGACAUCUGCCAAAGAGGGUACCGGUGUGGAAGAAGCCAUGGAUUAUGCAAUUUUUGAUGUCCUCGCCCGUGAAAUUCAACCGCCUGCGCAGCCUGUGGUCAGAGAACCGCUCCGAGCAUCCAACCUGAGGUGCGAAGUGCAGUGA